AUCUGUUGCGUGACUGUAUACAACCGUGUCCAUAAAGCAACGCCUUUGAAUUAUACAGUGUCAAACCGUCUGUCUGACCCCAGAGGUCACGAGAGGGUGCCCCGUGCGCGCUGGGGUCUCGAGAGGCGCGAGCCGCCGAUCUCCCCGUGGGCACGCGCGCGGCGCCGGGCACAGAACAAACAGAGACUCGCGCAAAAAAAACCAACCAAGAACAAGAAUAAAAAAAAACACCGAAUUCAAGACACUUCUCGGGCGGAGCUGUGAGCGAAGUAUAGCCUACGUGGGCAGCAAAACGACAGGGACCUGCCCGUGGCGCUGAGACCUAGAGAUAGAAGGAGGGCGUCUGCGCCCGCAGCGGGGACAUGGGGCCGACCUGCUCUCGGAAAGCCUGUAUCCCGGGAUAAAGUAAAUUCCGCCGCUGGAAAACUAACGAUGAAAGGACGGAAAGGGGGCGGGGAGAGGGUGGGCACCGGCCGGAGCCAGGAAUAGCGGCUCUGCCAAGCCUGCCGCCCUCGCCUGUGCUGGUGCGCAUCGGGACGCGCGGAGGACGUGGACCGCUGAUUGCAAACAGGGGACCCGCUGGAGAGUUCGCGAUAGUCCGCGGACACGCACGGCCCUCUGUCCCCGAGCGGCUGUGACUUCCUUAAUUUUUUUCACUCUCGGUCGCUGCAGCCCCGAUCCCUGCGAUUGAGGGUUAUUUUCAGGAGUGUCCCUGCCGCCCGAAGUUGCUAAGCGUCCACGGCGUGUCCACGGAUCGUCUUACCGCCUCACACGGCGACCUACGUGUUUUUUUUUAUUCUUUUGGCAGUAACUCAAAACUGACACGUCUAAUUCCUCAUAAACCUAACUGUUUUCUUUUUAAUUGACUUUUGCCGUCCUCGCUGCAGUUUACCGAUGUUUGUUCGUGGUCUGGUCACGGGGGUGGACAGGCACAGUCAGGACUGAACGCACAGGGCUCGGGUGACUGCAGGGACGUCUCCAGCCCGGAGUCCCUCCCCCCGGCUCGCUCGGACCUUGCGCUGGACUGGCUGUUUGAAGCUGGCAGUGGGAGCACAGCCUAUCUUCUCAGGACAGCCAGCUGAGUGAUCAGGGGUUGGAGAAGGGGCUUAAGUACCAUGGCUUCUCCAGAGGAGGACGUGGUGGAGGCGACGCAGGCGACGGUGCUCACAAGGCGAUUGCACAGAGAUGAUCUGCCAAUCUCCGAGGACGAGCUGGACUGCCUCCGAGAGGCCACAGACGAGCGGCCGUUCCUGGUGAUCCAUCACCUGCAGGCGGUGAGAGAGAAGGGGGUGCCGCUGCUCCUGCGGGACACGCCCGUCACCUGCAAGGUGGACAGCACGGAGCGCCACACCACGCGCUCCAAGGUGAGCGAUGGCAUCCUGUGCUCCCUGCUCACACUUCAGCUCUGAUGAGGUGAGGGAUACUGGUCUAGAAGAAGGAAGUACCGCCACUUCCAGGAGCUGCACCGCGACCUGCACAGCCACAAGCUGAUGGUGAACUUCCUGCCCCUGGGCAGGUUUGCCGCGGAGAGGCAGCAACUGGGCACCAUGGCGGACGAGCUGCCCACCCUGCACGGCGCAGACCGAGCGAGACGGGCUUCCAGCAAGCCGAAGCUCCUGGAAGACUAUCUGAAUGUGUUACUAGAGAACAGCUUCUGCAGGAACUAUCAUGGGAUGGUGAGAGACUGGGGAACAGCAGACACGGAGGGCUUUAUCCUGAAAAGGUCAGGAGGUCACCGCAUCCUGGGGCUCAACUGCUUCGGCCACCACCAGUUCUGUUACCGCUGGUCCCGCCGUUGGCUGGUUGUUAAAGACUCAUUUCUCCUCUACAUGAAGCCGGAAGCAGGGGUCAUCUCUUUUGUGCUGCUCUUUGACCCGGAGUUCAAAGUUCAAGUGGGCCGCUGUUACACCGAUACAAAGUAUGGAGUGUGUAUCCAGAACUUUACCAGGACACUGGUCAUCAAGUGCAGCAGCUACAGGCAGGCGCAGUGGUGGAGCCAUGAGAUCCACAGGCUGUCGGAGCCCUGCGAAUUCCUGCAGACACACCGGUUCGACAGCUUCGCCCCGCCCCGCGAGGACACGCUCGCCAGAUGGUACAUCAAUGGCAGGGAGUAUUUUGCUGAUGUUGCCCAGGCUCUGGAGCAGGCGAGAGAGGAGAUCUUCAUCACAGACUGGUGGCUCAGUCCUGAGAUCUACCUGAAGCGCCCAGCUACCAGCCACUACUGGCGCCUAGACCAGAUCUUAAAGCGGAAAGCGGUAAGAACUUCUGGGGUCACACUGGGGUCAGGCUCUGGGUGGGGUCAGGCUCUGGGACAGACUGGAUUAGACGCUGGGACAGUUUUAUUAUUAGGCUGGUGUGGGGUCAGAUUGGGGUCUGGGUUGGACUGGGGUCAGGUGCUAGGACAGGCUGGGGUCAAACUGGUGUUGGGGUCUGGGUUGGACUGGGGUCAGGUGCUCGGACAUACUGGUGUUGGGCUCUGGGUCGGACUGGGGUCAGGUGCUAAGACAGACUGGCGUUGGGCUCUGGGUCGGACUGGGAGUGGUGACGUGGUUGAUUCGCCCGGUGAGUCGAACCCUGUGCCUGAGACACAGGGCAGUGUUUCGGAUCAGCGGCAGGUCAGCCCAGAGGACCUCACCGACAACACCCGGCUGUGGCUGGGCAAGGACUACAGCAACUUCAUCACCAAGGACUGGGUCCAGCUGGACCGGCCCUUCGAGGAUAACAUUGACCGCACUGUGGUUCCCAGGAUGCCAUGGCGGGAUAUGGCCGCAGUGGUUCAUGGGAAGGCGGCUCGAGAUUUGUCUCGUCACUUCAUCCAGCGCUGGAACUUCACCAAGAUCUUCAAGAACAAAUACAAAGACGACUUCUACCCCUGCCUGCUGCCCAAGUCACACAGCGCUGCGGACUCGCUGCCAUUCAUUGUGCCUCAGACCCGCAGUGCCAGAGUGCAGAUCCUGCGCUCGGUGGAUCGCUGGUCGGCGGGGACCUGCGAGUGUUCUAUACACAGGGCCUACAUCGACACCAUCGAGAGCAGCGAGCACUACGUCUACAUCGAGAAUCAGUUCUUCAUCAGCUGCAGUGACGAGAAGAGUGUGUUUAACAGGAUAGGAGAUGCCCUAGUCGACAGGAUUCUCCGAGCUCACAGGUCUGUCUAUGGCCACACACACUGCUCAGCCCUCUCUGAUGUUGCUGUGCACAAUCCUGCUUUCUCAGUGCAGUGUGAGUGCUUCCGGGUUCUUCUGGCAGCGGACUCAGACCCCUGCAUCGACAUCCAGGAUCCAAUCAGUGACGAGUUUUUCCAGGGGGUGUGGAACAGGAUCGCCGAAUCGAACGCUGACAUUUACGACAUGGUCUUCCGGUCUCUCCCCUCUAACUCGAUCCACAACCUGCGGAUGCUGAGGGAGUACGUCUCGGUGGAGCGGAUGGCGGAGACGGACCCCGACAGGGCAAGAGAGGAGCUAGCUGGGGUCAGGGGUUACCUGGUCCACUUCCCCCUUCACUUCCUGUGUGAGGAGUACCUGCUGCCUCCCCUCAAAAGCAAGGAGCGCAUGGUCCCCAUGGAGGUGUGGACAUAGCAGGGGUGCGUGGGGGGAGUGUUCCCCUUCCCCUGGUGGCAUCACACUGCAGCAAUAUUCUCCACUUCCUGGGCCAUUCCGAUCUCCUGUCCUAGUCCGCCCUCUCCCGCUUCCUGGACAGUACCAGAGAAUUCAUCAAGUUAGUGUGCUAUCCCAAACACCUGUGACAGCUCUGAUACCUGGGACGGGUUGUGACACCAGUGAUGGGCUAUGACACCUGUGAAGAGUUGUGACGGGUUUUGACGGCUGUGACACUGGGAACAGGUUGUAACGCCAGUGAUACCUGUGACGGGCUGUGACACCUGUGACACCUGUGAUGGGUUGUAACAUCAGUGACACCUGUGAUGGGUUGUGACGGCUGUUACACUGGGAACAGGUUGUGACACCAGUGACUCCUGUGAUGGGCUGUGACACCUGGAACAUGUUGUAACACCUGGAGCACCUGUGACGGGCUGUGACACCUGUGACUCCUGUGAUGGGUUGUAACAUCAGUGACACCUGUGACGGGUUGUGACGGCUGUUACACUGGGAACAGGUUGUGACACCAGUGACUCCUGUGACGGGUUGUGACUCCUGUGAAAGGUUGUAACACCAGUGACUCCUGUAACUGGCUGUAACACCUGGGACACCUGUGGCAGCUGAUGGGCUGUGACAACUGGGUCAGGUUGUGACACCGGGAACAGGUUGUAACACCAGUGACACCUAUAACAGGCUGUGACACCUGGGACA